AGUGCAGAAUCAUUAUAUCAAUAUUAAAAAUAUGUAAGAUGAUGAUUAACUGGUAUAUUUAGAAAUGUUUACACUAAAUAAGUAUAUCAGAAAUGCACCUCACAAAUAUCUCUCCAGCCUCUAUUUUUUUCUGUUUUUUUGUUUGUUCGCUUGUUUGUUUUGUUUUGUUCUUUGGGCUGCACCGCCCUGCUUGCAGGAUCUUAGUUUCCCGACCAUGGAUUGAACCCAGGCCCUCGGAGUCCACUGGGCUGCCAAGGAAUUCCAUCUCCAGCUCCUUUAUCAAAGAGGAAAUGCUUGCAUAGUAUUUCUGUUUAUUUAGGGGAUGAAUUGUUCACUUGCUCCAAACCCUGCUACAGAAAUUCUGGAGUCAUCACUGAUUCAGGGGUAACUGAUAACAAUAGAGUGGUGAAUUAAUAAUCCGACGUAGAUACUGAGAGUUUCAAGGAAAUGGCAACAUUUUAGAGUCACUAACUGUAAGACCAGAUGCUGGCGCUGCCUCAUCACGAGUUGACUGAGACUUUGGUUCCACACCCAAACCCGGAUUCAGCUGCAGAGCUGCCCGCAGGGCCAGAUCAGUUUGCUGUUCCACAUCAGGAUGUGAAUGACAAGCUAACCCAGCAGCAAAAGCUCCCAGCAGCGGCUCCAGUGCUGGACUGGGAACAGAAUCAGGCCUUGGUUCUGCCUUUUCGACGCAAAAGUAGUAAGAGCUCAAAACCAACGAAGUUCAUUGAUUCAGCCCCAAACCUGAAGAAGGAUCUCGUUCAGCAUCGACAGCUUGCUAAAAUUGUUGUUGGAAGUACAGGCCAGUUAGAAAAUGAAACUCAGGGUCUAGAACAACAGUUGCAGGGUGAUUAUGUAGCUUCCGGUAUGGAUACCAUUUAUCCUGAGGAGAGCCUGCCUACAGAUUUUCUGGGGAACUCAGAGCAACCUCCGGAGCCCCCUGAGGAGGCUGAAAUUUCUGCAUCCCAGCAAGAGGCCCAACUUCGUCAUCCAGAGACCCCCGAGGAGGCUGAAUCUUUUUCACCCCAGGCAGAGGUCCAGGAUGAAACUGCAGAGCCCACUGAAGAGGCAGAACCACCGCCACUCCAGCAGGAGCCUCCGUCUCAGCCUCUAGAGCUCCCUCAGGAGUUUGAACCUUCCCUACUCCAUCAAGAGGCCACGACUCAAGCUCCAGGAUACCCCACCGAGUAUGUACUUGAAAGUCCAGUCAGGAUCAAGCUCAGCUUCUGCAGCGGCCCCCUGUCACCAUUAAACCUGUGGAUCUUGCACUUGCCGUAA